GAAAUGCAGGAGUGUCUUAGGAGACAGGUACGUUAAUGGUGACGGGACACACUGCGUUUUUAGUCGUAUGAUGGCAAGCGGUCGGCAGGCAGAAUCUGACAACGAUUCAGAUGUGGAAACACUGGAGGACCCCGAUACGCAAGCAUUGGACUAUAUUUCUAGAGUUCUGAGUGGCCAGAGCUUGAGUGAGAAACUUCAUAAGACAACGCCAGAUGACCUUCCCCUGGAGUCUUGGGAUGAAUCCUACCAAGGAGGCUGGGAUUUGAAGAAGUCACCUGUGGCAGAGGAGGAUGCUGAGGAGCGUUGCCAGCUGUUGUUGCUCCCCUUAGAGCUCAUUCUCCAUAUAUUAUCUCAUUUGGAUCCUCGCUUUAUUCUUGGUGUUUUGCCGCAAGUGUGUAAAACGUUCAGUGCUAUUGUGGCAGAGAAAAUAACAUGGAGAACACGAGUCAAGAAGCGAAUCUCCACUAACUUUCCAGUGGUAGAACAAGAGAAUUUUGAUUGGCCAACUGCCUGUAUGGAACUUGAAGAGCAGCUCUCUCAUUGGUCAGACAAUGGGAAGAAGGCAGAGCAUUUCACAUUAAGUGACGGACACUACGCCUCUGUAGAUGCAGUGCUAUUGCUUCAGGGGGGCUCCUUAUGCGUCUCUGGAUCCCGAGACAGGAACGUCAGCCUCUGGGACUUGAGAGAUCUGGAACCAGGGCAAGAGAAAUUUAAAGUGAAGGCAUUGGGAACAGAGAAAACUGGAACCCAUAAGGGUUGGGCCUGGUGUCUUGCUUCCUGUGGAAAUCUAUUAGGUUCGGGGUCCUGGGACAGCACUGUGAAGAUCUGGGACAUCGGAGCUGAGGGCCAGCAGGUGGGACAGAUCAGGGGACGGGCAGCAGUGCUGUGUCUAGCACUCCUUCCGGAUAUACUGGUGGCUGGAUCAUAUGACAAGAGAGUGAGUGUAUAUGAUCCAAGAGCUUCCAAUCCAUUGAUCCGUUCUCGGAAGAUCCAUUCCAGUCCGGUGCUGUCCCUGGUGGCCGAUGAGCGUCACAUUGUGUCCGGGGGCGAGGACCGAACCUUGGUGGUGUUUGACCGCAGAGCUAAUGCAGUAUUACAGAGGAUACAGCUUGAAAAUUACCUCUUUUGCAUGUCGUAUGAAUCUCCUCAGCUGUGGGCUGGUGACAAUCAAGGUCUAAUUCAUGUGUAUGGAAGCCACAGUGGGACAUUCCAGAAACUACGGUGCUUUGAUGUUGGCCACUCUUCCCAGGUCACUGACGUUUUCCAUUCAGCGGGUACACUUUAUACCACUUCCACUGACAAAACCAUGAAGGUUCAUAUUCCCACUGAUCCCCCUCGGACAAUCUACACGGAGGUGCACAGCAGUGUGGUCAAUGGGGUGAGUGUAGCCGGGCAAACUGUUGCAGCUGCCUCUGGAGGACAAACUGUGGAGAUCUGGAGAUUUAAAGAAUAACGGAAUUGUUUCCGAAUACAAAACCAAAAUCGUUGCUGGAGAGCGCAGUCUUUCAGGGAAGAACAAUCACAAUAGGUGAAACUGAGCUAAAUGAUUGGCUUUUGAUUUGGAAACAAAUGAAACGAGACCUCACUCAGUGACCAAAUAAUUUUAAAAAACAAAAACAUUAAUGUACUAAUUCUCUUUUGUAAUGUCAGACUAAUUCUCAUUUCAUGUUCUCUGCUGUAAACAUAGUUUAAAGGAACACUAUAAUGUCAGGAAUAGAAACCUGAAUUUCUGACCGUAUGGUGCUGGUGUGGCUAUUUAGGUCACUCCCCCCCCCCUCAGAAUGUUCUGAAA